AAAAACGUUUCACAGAGGGAAUUUUUCAAAUCGAGAAGAGGCGCUCUGUGUUCAGUGGAGAGGAGUUUAACAACACAAACAAUGCAGAGACCAAACAAAGGUAAGACUCCUCGUAGGCCUGGCCCAAGAAAGGCAGCCAACAUGGAUAAAGAUCCAGUUGGAGUAUACUGCCGUAUACGUCCACUUGGAGCAGAAGAUGAGGAAUGUUGUGUUGAGAUGAUCAGCAGCUCCACUAUUCAGCUACAUCCCCCUGAUGGCCUUAAAGCCAACCGCAAUGGGGAAUACAAAGAGACACAGUACUCCUUUAAAAAAGUAUUUGGUAUUAAUACCACUCAAAUGGAGCUGUUUGAGGAUGUUGCUAAGCCUCUGAUAGAAGACCUAAUUCAUUGUAAAAAUGGUCUGCUGUUUACAUAUGGUGUUACUGGAAGUGGUAAGACCUUCACCAUGACCGGCUCACCCGGGGAAGGUGGGCUCCUCCCCCGCUCUCUAGACAUGCUCUUCAACAGCAUUGGCCCCUUUCAGGCCAAAAGAUUUGUGUUUAAACCAGAUGACAAAAAUGGGAUGGAGAUCCAGGGUCAAGUUGAUGCUCUCCUGGAGAGACAGAAGCGAGACAGUCAGCACUCUGUGCCCAAAACGCCAUCCUCCAGGCAGAAGGCUGAACCAGAGUUUGCGGAUAUGAUCAGCUCAGAGGAGGCGUGUAAAUCUGAGAAUGUGGAUGAAGACUGUUGUUACAGCGUUUUUGUGUCCUACAUCGAAAUCUACAAUAACUAUAUUUAUGAUCUCCUGGAAGAUGCUCCGUUUGACCCAAUCAGACCAAAACCACCUCAAUCCAAGAUUCUCCGUGAAGAUCAGAAUCAUAACAUGUAUGUGGCUGGCUGCACAGAAGUUGAGGUCAAAUCUACAGAAGAAGCUUUUGAAGUCUUUUGGAAAGGACAAAAGAAAAGGAGGAUAGCCAACACUGAACUUAACCGUGAAUCCAGUCGCUCCCACAGUGUGUUCACAGUAAAGCUGGCCCAGGCUCCUCUUGAUGCUGAUGGGGAUCACAUACUACAGGACAAGAACCAGGUGAAUGUGAGCCAGCUGUGUCUGGUUGACCUGGCAGGCAGUGAGCGCACCAGCAGAACCAGAGCGGAGGGAAGCCGUCUCCGUGAAGCAGGUAAUAUUAACCAGUCUUUGAUGACCCUGCGCACGUGUAUGGAAGUCCUGCGUGAAAACCAGAUGUGUGGAACUAAUAAGAUGGUGCCAUACAGGGACUCUAAAGUUACACAUCUGUUUAAAAACUACUUUGAUGGAGAAGGAAAAGUGAGGAUGAUUGUGUGUGUCAACCCAAAGGCUGAUGAUUAUGACGAAACUAUGCUAGUGAUGCGCUUUGCCGAGAUGACCCAGGAGGUGGAGGUGGCGCGGCCGGUAGACCGUCCAAUCUGUGGCCUUGCUGCAGGGCGCAGACACAGAAACCGGGCCUUCAGAGAUGAGCUACCCCGCCGCCUGGACGAGCAAGGAGGUCCCAGUAAUGCCGUAGAUGACGCAGCUCUGCUGAAUCAGCUCAUAGAAAGCCUUCCAGCCAUGCCUCGUUGUGAGCUGGUGGACCCGGCUGAUGAUCAGACGUUGCCCCGCCUGAUUGAGGUCCUGGAGAGGAGGCAUCGUGUCCGUCAGAUGAUGACAGAACAGUUCAACAAAACUGCCAGUACACUGAAGUCCAUGCUUCAGCAGUUUGACAGUCAGAUCAAUGCAAAGGAGACGUUCCUCCAUGAUCAGCGAAGCAAACUGAGCGAGAAAGAAAAAGUAAUCAGCAGCCAGAAGAUGGAGCUAGAGCGACUAGAGAAAAAAUCCAAAACGCUGGAAUACAAGGUCGAUAUCCUGCAGAAGACCACAGACAUGUAUGAGCAGGACAAACGCUCACUUCAGAAUGAGCUGGAGACCCGGGAGCAACGGCUACACAGAGAGCUGUUGGAGAGGAAGCGCAUGGAGCAGCGCAUGCAGGGCAUGGUGACAGACUCCAAACUCAAGUGGGAGAAGGAGUGUGAGAGGCGAGUGAACGCCAAGCAGCUGGAGAUGCAGAACAAGUUGUGGGUGAAGGAUGAAAAGUUGAAGCAGCUCAAGGCCAUAGUGACGGAGAGCAGCAGCAGCAGCUGCGGUGGCGGCAGUGGGUUUCCACUUGAGCGCCCAGAGAAGCCCGAGAGGCCCUCAAGGGAGAGAGAUCACAACAUGGGCCACAAGAGGUCUGCCUCACCGUCGCCGCUUCAGGACUUCAGCCAAACUCCUUCCCACCAAAAUCGAGCCAAUGUUAGGGCAGUUCAGGACGUUUACCCCAACUCCACCUCCUAUCCCUCAGUAGCCUCCUGCAUUUCUGAUUGGGAGCACAAGGUCCCUGUAGACAUGCGCAGCCAAGCUAUGCACCAUGGGACUCCCCAGUGCAGGAGCCGGACUCCCACCCAAUACCACGGCACCAGCAGCGUGGGUCGCAGGAGAGGCCAGCGCUGGGCCACAGACACUGAGGCCUCUGCUUCGACUCUUGUCUAUGGGCUCGACCUAGAGGCAGGCACAAGGAAGGCCCUUCCAGUUCAUCCAAUGCACAGGCGCUCACACUCUGCGGGUGGGGAGAAAUGGGUAGACCACAAACCUGCUUCUAAUUUGGACCUAGACACUGUCAUGCAGCCAAUCAUACCCAAUGCAAUCAAGGUGUCGACCCCGAACGAGAAAGUUCUGUCUAAAUGCCAAAAGUAUGUGCUUAGACAUCAAGAGCUUGCCUCAGACGGGGAGAUCGAGACCAAAUUGAUCAAGGGCGAUGUUUUUAAGACCAGAGGCGGUGGACAAGCUGUGCAGUUUACUGACAUUGAGACACUAACACAAGAGUAUGCAACAGCAUCAAGUCGCAAGAGACGCUCGGGGUCUGUAGAAGGAGCAGCUCAUAUGGAGGACAUAGAAAACAGGGCUCCAGUUGCAAGCACAAGUUCAAACCUUGGGUUUCAAAAACGCAGAAAGCCUUAAUUUGCUGUAAAUAUGAAGGAACUUUGUUCGUAUUGAAAACAUGUAAGAUUUUGCCUGACUAUCAGAACAGUGAAGGGACCUCCAUGUGACACUAUGCAUCUUUUUGAGAGUUGUGACAUUUUUCUAUUAUGACUGAUUCUUAUUACAAAUUAAUAGAGUGCUAUUCUAAUUGAAUCAUAGCCAAAAUUAUAUUGAUUAAACCAUUUAGAACAUUUCAAUUGUAAUUUUCUGGAUUGGUAUGCUCUUUUGAAUGCUAGUUAUUACUUCUUAAAGACAUGGACCUUUGUGAUAAAUGUAAUGUUUUAUUACUUAAUCCUUUGACUGCCUUUUUACCGCUACCCAAAGACUAGAAUAUUUGAGCUUUAGCAUAAUAGAAUAAUUUUUUCUUUUUUCACUGAGCAUAUGGCUGAUUACAAAAAAGUAGUAGAACAGAGUUGUUUUAGUAUUACAAUGUGUAGACCUGUAAAUGUAGAGCUGUGAAGUAGGUUUUGCUGAACUCAAUCUCUGAUUAACUGUAAAUAAGUUUUAUGACGCUUUUUACUUCCGUUGGAACAACUCCUGUCAUGUGUAACAUUACACUUUUUUAUGGCAUAAAAGUUAUUCAAACA